AACACGUCGUCAGUGGAUAGGAAAUGCUCGUUUACUAAGUGUAAGUGAAUGCAACAUCGAGCGUCAAAAAGAAUGGGGGCGGUCCAGUGACGUAUGACCGCAUUAACCUACCCGACCAGACCUUGACGGAGUAUUUCACCAGCGCAGGAAGCUCUCUGGCUAUCACAAUGGGUGAUGUGCCAUCUUUAACAUUGUGAUCACCCCCGAAGGUCUCUUUGACGACCUCCUAUCCCCAGACUUGCCACAACAAGCCUACCUUCAGCGUCGUCAUGGGUGGAGUAGUCCAGAUGCACUUUACCACGGUGGACUACGUCAUCUUUGCAUUGCUGCUGAUGGCCUCAGCUGGUAUCGGCUUAUAUUAUGCCUUCUCUGGUGGACGUCAGCGUACAACACAGGAGUUCCUGAUGGCUGACCGCUCAAUGAGCUGGCUUCCUGUAUCUCUGUCACUGCUCGCAACUUUCCAGUCAGCUGUGGCAAUUCUGGGUGCACCGUCUGAAGUGUACACGUUCGGGACACAGUACUGGUUUCUGGGCUGCUCGUACUUCCUGGGACUCCUUAUCCCAGCUCAUGUUUUCAUACCAGUCUUCUACAGGCUGCGGCUUUCCAGCGCAUACGAGUAUCUGGAACUGCGUUUCAACAAGACAGUCCGCAUAUGUGGGACUGUGACCUUCAUCUUUCAGAUGGUCGUUUAUAUGGGGGUGGUCCUUUAUGCGCCAGCUUUAGCUCUUAAUGCAGUCACUGGUUUUGACUUAUGGGGAGCAGUGCUCGCCAUGGGACUUGUGUGCACUCUCUAUACCUCUCUGGGGGGCCUAAAGGCGGUGAUGUGGACCGAUGUCUUCCAGACAGUGGUAAUGUUCGCAGGGCAGCUGGCUGUUAUCAUUGUAGGGGCGCAUCAGGCAGGGGGGAUUGCAGAGGUCUGGAGGAAAGCGGUGAACGGCAGCCGCAUUGCAGGACUUGACCUAAACCCAGACCCUUUGGAGCGCCACACCUUCUGGACGUUGGGUGUGGGCGGAAUCUUCCUGAUGCUGGCUCUGUAUGGGGUCAACCAGGCCCAAGUCCAGAGAUAUCUCAGUUCCCGCACUGAGAGAGAGGCUAUCAUAUCGUGCUACGUGGUUUUUCCAUGCCAGCAGAUCGUCCUGUGUUUGGGUUGUCUGAUGGGGCUGGUUAUGUUCGCUCGCUACGGAGAGGACAGCCCUCUAGACAAGGGCUAUGUCAAAACAAAUGAUCAGAUGGUGUUAUAUUUUGUGAUGGACGUAUUCAAGGAUCUGCCUGGCCUCGCAGGCCUGUUUGUGGCCUGUCUCUUCAGCGGAGCGCUCAGCACCAUCUCUUCAGCCUUCAACUCCCUGGCAACAGUAACCAUGGAGGACCUAAUUAAACCUCAUUUUCCCAACAUGGCUGAGUCUAAAGCCACGCUGCUUUCCAAAGGACUUGCUCUGGCCUAUGGCUUGUUAUGUCUGGCCAUGGCCUACCUCGCCUCAAUAAUGGGAUCUGUGUUGCAGGCAGCCUUAAGCAUCUUUGGGAUGGUGGGUGGUCCCCUGCUGGGCCUCUUUUGCCUGGGAAUGUUCUUCCCUUGGGCAAACUCUAUUGGAGCAUUGGUUGGAUUAGCAGCAGGCCUUGCCAUGGCCUUCUGGAUCGGCAUCGGCAGUUUUGUAAUGCGUAUGCCUGGUCCAAGUGCUGUGCCGCCACUUAGUACCGUCACGCCACCCCCAUUUGAGAACAUAUCUACUACAGUCAUGACUUCAUUGGUCAAUGCUACUACAACCAAACCUAGGCCAACAGGUGUCGACGCACUCUAUUCGUUGUCCUACAUGUGGUACAGCGCUCACAAUUCCACCACUGUGGUUGUCGUGGGACUCCUCGUCAGCCUGCUUACAGGACCAACGAAGGAGAAGCAACUGACCCCCGGAACGGUGUACCCAGUCUUGGGGAAUCUGCUGUUCUUUCUGCCUCAACGCUACCGAGAGAAGCUCUGCUGCGUCGCUCCUCUAGCGCAAAAGCCCGACGAAAUCCACGCGCAGCCUUACGAGAGGGCCAGGAAAGGUGCCAACGGAGCAGCUCGCUGCAAAGAGGACACGGUCACCGAGGACAAAGAAAUGGAGAGCGACAGCGUGCAGACCGAAGACGAGGAGAGCAGGCCAGCUCUGCCGUCGUGCGAGCUGACCGCUCACUGCGUCGAGGAGACGGCCCUCUAGAACUCCUUUUCCCGAGGAAAACCUAGGACUAAGUAAACAGUGAGAAGUAGUGGGCUACUAGCAAUAAUGUAGCUCGCGAGCGCUGGUAACUUGCGGGAGAAUACUGUCAAACUGGUACAGUGCCGCCUUGAGAUACAUGUGCCCUGACGCACGUCAUUUGACCAAGUUUUUGUCUUGAGAUGGGAGCAAAAUGUUAAGAUGCGUGUGCUUCAGACCCGCCACCGCUAGAGGGCGGCAGCGCACUUCUUAGCAUCCGGCCACCAUCGAUUCACAUUGGUUUCCUUGCACUGGAAGGACUGCAUCAGUUGGUGGCAGUCAUGUGCUACUAAGCUGGUUUGCAACAGGAGGACAAAUUCAACUUGUAUCUCAAGGCAGCACUUUACCUUUUUUAUUAUUAUUAUUAUUAUUAUUAUUUGUUUUUGUUUUGUUUUUUAAUCUCGAAACGUACGACUAUAAAGGAGUUGACAGUGUCCAGAAAGGAAUCCAUUUCCGAGGAGCACAAGUAGCUGUUCUGACUCCAAGCCAGGUAACAAGCGGAGAAAUGUCCCAUUUUCAAUUCCUCUCGAGCAAAUAUGAGAACUAUGUACAAGAGAAAUACGACAAUGAACCAAAACAAAAGCUUUCGUCCUUGUGCUGUGCAAGUGUGCUUCCGUGACUUUUGUUUACUACGCGAAUGUUUACCUGCUAAUCUCGAUGUCUCGUACCUGACAGUCGAGUCUGCGUGGUCCGAUCAGUGCGGUAUAUCGGACAUAUACGGUUCAUCUUUAACUGCUAAGUUUGUUUUGUUGGCCAGUGUGCUCAAAGGUACUUUCUGUGGUACGAGAGGGUCUCAUUUGUCUUAUCUGCAACCGUCCUCUGCGAGCUGCAACUCGAUCUCACGCCGCCAUAGUUCCCUCGUGUCUUAAAAGGUGAUUUCGCCAGUCGUCCACCGUUGCCGCCGGUGAACGACAUCCCCGUAAAACGCCUACUCGAAGCUACUUCCCGACGAGUGAUUUCAUGGACUCCUUUCUCGCGAGUCCGGCGGGGGGGGGGCGAGCUAAGACGAACGGAGGACCGACGACAUUGGAGGUUGCAAAUAAAGACAUUUGAUGACGCUCUAUUUUAGCACUGCUGCUUCCUCACGAUUGGAUACUUAGCUUUGCCGUGGUCAAGCUGAGAGGAUGACGUGCCUACAGAAGACAUUGUGCGAUAAGUAGAGAAAUUCCGAUUCUGUUAGUGGCAACGGACCUUCUAUAAGAACUAUGAGUUCCGUACAAACCUUUUUGGACAUUUUCAGUCCCAUCGAAUCAAAUGUGUACGGCACGGCGUGUUUUCACUUUAAGACGACUUAUGUAGAACGAAAGGAAAUUGUCACCUGCCCGAGGCAGACCUUCUGGAAAGGGAUCGAUAUCAAAACGUGAUUUAAUGUAUUUCACUUGCGACGCUUCUGUUCACCAUAAUAGCUGCGGCCAUUGCGUGUGCGGAUGCUUGUUCCUAUACCGCUUCUAUGUCCAUUUCGCUAGAAAACCUCUUGGUGACAUUGCUUUGAAUGAUGGUACCUGCAAAAGUAUAAUGAGCUUAAUUUGAAUUGAUUUAUGCGGGCAUUUCUUUCCAGUUAGCAGUGCCUCCUUUGGUCAUCACAUGCGGUUGUCGCUCCUCAUUUUAAGAGAAGAGAAUUUCAGGUUAUUUGGAACACGACGGGCCCCGUACGAAGAGCUGUUCAAAUGCGUUGUAAACCAUCAUUGCCAGUGUAUGACUAAUUGGAGUCAUGAUCUCAGCUGUUGUUUUAUCGCCAUUGUUUGUUUGUUUGUUUGUUUGUUGUUGUUUUUUUGGAAUCUUAAGAAUUCUUGCCCAUCCCAUAGUAACUCAGCCAUCCGUUGUCUUUAGUUUGCAAUGAGUUCAGUCGCAUGGCUUCCGGUGGUUUGUUGCGAGACUGCAGUCUGACCUGACCCUUUCCUUAAGAGAGCGGUAAGGCAUCGAAAUGUUGCUUUGUCACGUGAGCCCCAAGAGAAGACUCUUUGUCUUAAGUUGCCUUACACACGCUCCCCUGUUUGGAUGAAACGGGGGGGGGGGGGGGGGUUUUGAAACCACAGUUUGGACAAUCAAGGUCACAAAGCCAAUAGCAGAUUAGCGUGUCUCAGUUUUGUGCAAGGAUUUGACUUUAGCCUCGCCGGUUGGACCUUUUGAAGCCAUUGCAAAUGUUUGUUUUUGUCCUCCUGAAAUACCUCAAUUUGUCCAAUGCAUAUAGAAUAUAAUGCUUAUUUAUGCCUAUUCUAUUAGAUUUCUGCCAAUAGAGAAUCUAUUUCAGAUCAUUUUUCUAUAUUUUUAUAAUUUCACAUUGAGCCUCCACACAUUUCACUAGAAAUGUGGAAUUCUAUAUGCAAUAACCCUUUGUAAUUUCGUUUUUUUUUUGUGUGAAUGACGGGCAGAAUUGGGAAUGUAGCAUUUGUUUUAUUUCGUUGCUUUUGUCUGUUUUCACAGCGCUACAUCCCCACAUUCAGGCUGCGACAUUCAUAUUUUUUGUGUGAUUAUUUCAACAGAUCACGUGUAUGUGAGAAAUCCUUUUAUGAUUGCAUUAUUGCAGAUCCUUCAUGGUACCUGAAAUUACUUGAAGUGUAUGUGCCUGUAAUGUUACCUUAACGAUACAUGAAAAAAUCCCCUUUUACACUGUGAGAAAAGCAAACUGAAGCACUAAAAUUUGCAGAUUUUUUUUAUUUAUGAUUUUUGUUACGAUUCCUUGGUGAUGCAUGCGCUAGUGAAAAAAAAUAAAAAUAAUAAUAAUAAUAAUAAUAAUCAGCGGACGCUCCUUAAAGUCCAAUAUCGAUAAAAGAUUCAUAGUCAAUUACAGGCUAGAAUGCACAAAAAUACCAGUUUGUGCAAGAGAAACAUGGCACUUAGUAAUUUCUGCCUUUUAAUAAGUAUUGUUCACAGCAAUAUUUAUUAUUUGUCGCAUCUCAGAAGAGUUCAAACUUAUGCAUUCCAAAAAAAAAAUAAUAAUCAUCAUCAUCCAUGUCGAGCCGAUUUGUCAACUUUGGAUGUGCCUUUAUUUUCUCGUAACAUCUCAUUUGUUGUGUAUGUCGGAUGAUUUUACGAUUCAAACAAUAUAAAAAGAUGGUGUACCUGUUGAUUCAGUGGCUAUUUUAAAUCUUGUUGUCCAUGUUUAAAAAAAAUAAUAAUAAUGUCACUCUUCAUCGGAUGUAUGUAACAAUAGAUGUUUGAUUUAUUUACUUGAACUAUUAAAUUGAUUUGAAGGUCCACAACA